AUGGUUGUGGGAGCUGGUGAUGCAAAUGAUAAAGUUGCGUUAUCUGAGGAGGAUGAGAAAAGGAAACAUCUGAUUACUCGGGAUUUGCAGGAAAUUCUCGGACUUGAAAAAUUAGUAAAGCAAAUCAGUAGUGGUAAGACGAUUCACAUAUAUUGGGGGACUGCAACAACUGGAAGACCUCAUGUUGGAUACUUUGUCCCGAUGCGGAAAAUUGCGGAUUUCCUAAAAGCUGGUUUGAAAGUUACCAUUUUGUUUGCGGACCUUCACGCGUUUUUAGAUAAUAUGAAAAGCACAUGGGAACUGUUAGAAAAUCGUGUCAUGUAUUAUGAGCACGUUAUUAAAGCACUUUUAACAGCUUUCAAUGUCCCGAUUGAGAAACUUCAUUUUGUUCGUGGCACGUCUUACGAACUUACUAGGGAAUAUACUUCCGACAUAUUGAGAUUGGCUAAUGAAGUUUCAAGAAGAGAUGCAUUACGUGCAGGGGCUGAAGUUGUUAAACAGGUCGCUUCGCCGUUACUAAGCGGUUUACUGUACCCCCUUUGCCAAGCAGUUGAUGAGCAGUAUCUGAAAGUUGAUGGCGAAUUUGGUGGCGUAGAUCAAAGAAAAAUAUUUAUUUUAGCAGAGGAGCAGCUACCAAAAAUUAAAUUAGGAAAACGUUUCCAUUUGAUGAACGCAAUGGUUCCUGGCCUGCAUGGUUCCAAGAUGAGCAGUUCUGAAGAGGGUUCAAAGAUUGAUCUUUUGGAUCCACCAGAAGUUGUUGCCGCUAAAAUUAAUAGCGCUUUGUGCGAAAAAAACUCAGACGAGAAUGGCGUUCUAGCUUUUUAUGAGUUUAUUUUGUUCCCGAUAAUGGUUCAGCAUUCUGUAGUGGUUGGCAAUAGACCGUAUAACUACUACCGAGACUUGAAAAGCGAUUUCGAGAACAACAAAAUUAGUGAGACGGAUUUGAAAGAAACUCUAAAGAAGUUUCUGUGUGACAUUUUGGCGAUUGUUCAAAAACAGUGUUGUAAUGAGGAGAUGCAAAUGAUAAUUGAGAAGGCUUAUUCUGAGUCUCAAUCCAAACCAGCUUCCAAAACGUCGAAGGACAUGGAAGAACCUUGCUUACCUUCAGAUCUCGCUGACAUAUAUCAGAGAAUUGUUGGGAAGUCUAAGCUACCUUUGCUUAAACCUCUAAUUCUUCUUCAUUUUCAGGUUUUGGACGAACUACGUGUGAAGUCAAAAAUUGCAUUUGGUGAACCGCUAAAAAUUCUCUUUAUGGUUGGGCCCAAAGGGCGUUUUCACCUUGGAUUUAUCAUGCCCUUGCUGAAAAUUCGGGAUAUUCAACGGAUAAUUAAGUGUAAUAUUACUGUAGUGAUAAGCGAUAUUGAAGCUUUUAUUGAUAACGGGAAGUGUGCAUGGACGGUUCGAGAUGGCCGCAGUAAUUACUACAAAGUCGUUUUAAAUCAGCUUUUUGAUGCUCUAGGGAUUAAGGAUGUCACAGUGCUUCAGGGUUCUGCUCAUCAGCUUGAACCGUGCUUUGUUCCGCCUUCUAGAGAUUAUACUUUGGAGAUGUACAAAAUGGCUUCUAAAGUCACUCGUGAUGAUGCAGCUUUGCUGGAUGGAACAUCCUUAGCAACCCUUCUUUCGCCACUUUACUUCACUAUCGAGCAGUAUCAUCAAAACGCUGAUUUAGUUGUUAUGGGAGAAGACAUGCAGCGCUUUGCAUUGCUUGCUUCAGAAUUGAUUAGACGUCAAGGGAAAGAUCCACGAACGCAAAUGCUUGUGCCAGUUCUCCCGGCAAUGUCAGGAAAUAAAAUGUCUGCAACAGAUCCAGAAUUCCAUCUUGAUUUUUGUGAUACUGCUAAGCAAGUGAGGCAAAAGAUCGGUCGUUCCUUUUGCGAACCUGGCAAUGUGAAGAACAACGUUGCUUUGCGUUUGGCAGAAAUGUUUGUUUUUCCUGUGAUUAACAAAGGCAAGUAUUAUAAUCCACAAUUCUUAACGCAGUUAGUUAUCAAGCGAACUGCAGAAAAUGGAGGUGAUAUUACGGUUGUAAAUUACAGUGAUUUGGAGAAUAUUUUUGCCAGUGAACGGUUACAUCCUGGUGAUUUAAAAAGUGCUGUAAUUGAAGUUGUGAAUGAUUUUUUUAACAAAUUCAGAGCCAUUCCCGAUUUGCAAAAAGUGUUAUCUGCUGCAUUUCCUGUAGUAAAAGGGGGUAAAAAACAGCAAACAAAAAAAUGA